UUAAAAUGCUAAUUCCACACACAAAGAGAAAAGCUGAAGAGAGACGUGAAUCUGGCAAAGACAGUCUUUACCCAGGACACUAUUUGGUGGGCCCAGGUCAGAAAAUAUCACCAGUGUUUUAAUCAUAUUUAUCCAAGACAGACAAUAAGAUGAUUUUAAUGUUGUUUUGUGUUGUUUUCCUUUUUUAUGUAUUCUGUUUCUCUGAAAUAACAUCAAUUUGAUUUCACCCCAAUCCAAUAGAUGGAGGUAAUGCACUUAGAUUGUAAACUGCAGUAAAACCUUACAGAAAAAGAAGAAGAAGAUUUCAGACUGGCCAAUCAGGUUCCCUUUAAAAAAACAAACAGCCCAACCCACUUCCCUGGAUAAGGAAGCUACCUGUGAGACGGAGUUAGCCUGCAGAUUGGGUGGUAUAGUGAUUUUUGUUUGAUCAGAGGUAAUUUCAGAGUGAGAUGUAAACUCUUAUAGUUAACAGACGUGUAAGAGGUGGAUAACCUACACCAGGAAGUGAUACACACAGGGGUAAUUUAGGCUAAACCACAUUUGUUUUCUUUACCUGUGAAAGUGAAAGUAAAAACUAACUGGACGAGUUAAGAUUUCCACCGAAGAAAAUGGCUUCUAAACUUGAAGAGGAGCUUUGCUGUCCCGUGUGCUGUGACAUCUACAAGGAUCCCGUCAUUUUGACCUGCGCUCACAGCAUCUGUAAAGCCUGUCUGCAGCAGUUCUGGGAGAACAAAGGACACAGAGAAUGUCCCUACUGCAGGAGGAAGUGCUCUAAAGAGGGUUAUCUUCCGAAUAUGACGUUAAGGAACCUGUGUGAGAUCUUCUUACAGGAGAGAAGUCAGAGAGCUUCAGCAGGGUCUGAGGUGCUCUGCAGUCUACACAGUGAGAAACUCAAGCUCUUCUGUCUGGAGGAUAAACAGCCUGUGUGUGUUGUGUGUCAAGCUUCAAAGAAACACACCAAUCACAAGUUCCAACCUGUAGAUGAAGCAGUGUUGGACUUGAAGGAGCUGCUGAGGAUUAAACUAGAGUCCUUACAGAAGAAGCUGAAGGUCUUUGAAGAAGCAAAACUCUCCUGUGAUGAAACCACUGAACACGUUAAGACUCAGACCCAGCACACAGAGAAGCAGAUCAAGGAGGAGUUUAAGAAGCUUCACCAGUUUCUACGAGAUGAAGAGGCAGCCAGGACAGCUGCACUGAGGGAGGAAGAGGAGCAGAAGAGUCAGAUGAUGAAGGAGAAGAUUGAAAAGAUGAGCAGAGAGAUCUCAUCUCUUUCAGACACAAUCAGAGCUAUAGAAGAGCAGAUGGGAGCUGAUGAUGUCACAUUCCUGCAGACCUACAAGAGCACAGUGGAAAGAGCCCAGUGCACACUGCAGGAUCCAGAGAGGGUUUCAGGAGCUCUGAUCAAUGUGGCAAAGCACCUGGACAACCUGAAGGUCAAGGUCUGGAAGAAAAUGAUUGCUCCUGUGACUCUGGAUCCCAACACUGCACACCCAAAUCUCAUCCUGUCUGAGGAUCUGACCAGUGUGAGAUAUGUUAAAGAUAACCCAAAGAGAUUUGAUGAGUAUGCCAGUGUGCUGGGCUCUAAGGGCUUUAACUCAGGGACUCACUGCUGGGAUGUGGAGGUUGGAGAGAACACACGGUGGAAUGUGGGUGUGAUGACAGAGUCUCUGCAGAGGAAGGGAGAAUACCCCUCCAGGAGUGGACUGUGGUAUGUGGUAUAUAACGGUGCUGUAUAUAGAGCACGUGCUACUCCUCAUGACUCCACUCUCCUCACAGUGCAGCAGAAACUCCAGAGGAUCAGAGUGCAGCUGGACUGGGACAGAGGAGAGCUGUCAUUCUCUGAUCCUGAUAAUAACACACACAUACACACUCUCACACACACUUUAACUGAGAGAGUGUUUCCAUACUUUAACACCUCCUGUAGUCUCUCUCCUCUGAGGAUCCUACCAGUGAGUCCUCAGUAAGAUCAGAACAGCACUGAUGGAGUUGAUGGUGUCUCUGACUGGACUCUCAUAAGGCCAGUAGGUGUGAUUUCUGGAUGGGUUCUGAAAAGAGAUGUACAGUAUUGACUCAUUAAUACGCAAAGUAUACUACACUAUAAAACCAUGGUUUAAGGCAUCCAGUGUCCUCAAAUAAUUUGAGUUCAGUUAACUUCCUGGGUUUUACAGUGUAAUAAUGGCCGUGGGUCAGAUUUGAACCCUGAAUGUGGUACAGAUGCAAUUGCUCCUCCCCCCCAGACUGUGUCACUUCAGAACAGAGGAAUGCUCUGCCCUGAUUGGAUGCUGAGGGUAAAAGAGGGUGGGGCAGAGCAAGAUUGGAGCUGCAGUUUGGCUCACGUAACUUUAUCUUUAAUGUAAAUGUAAAGUUAUUAAAUUGAUGGAUUACUUAAGCUACUUAUUUCAAAAUGUGUGCCCACAGACAAAGAUUGUACUCUGGUGAUCUGGUGUGAUAUUGACACAAACAAUAAAAUGUCUACAUGACUGACUGAUAA